AUGCAUCAAGCCCAGAUCACCAGUUGGGGAAACCCACCGACCUACAUCGAAGUCCCGGAUCUUCCACCACCAAACUUAGAAGAAGUCCGCAUCAAGGUCGAAGCUGUCGGUAUCCAUCGUGUCGUUCGCUCCCGAGCAUCAGGGCAACACUACUCCUCCGGAGAACUUCCACAUAUUCCGGGCAUUGAUGGCGUCGGAACCACAGACUCUGGUCAGAAAGUAUACUUCAUGACAAUGGGGAAAGGAGUACUGUCAGAAUUCAUCAACAUGCCCAAACACUCCGUAUUCCCAUUACCAGAGGAUUCGGACCCAGUGAAGAUAGCCGCCGCGAUCAAUCCGGCCAUGUCCAGUUGGAUGGCCUUCAAAGGCAGAACCACGAAUCUCCCAGAGGACUUCACCUGCCUGAUCCUCGGAGCCACUUCCGCAUCUGGAAGAGUCGCCAUCGCAUUAGCACGAACUCUCGGGGCGAAGAAAGUCAUCGGAGCUGCCAGGAACAAAACAACUCUGGACACCCUGGGACUCGACGAAUCCAUAAUCAUUCAAGAAGAAGUGGAACAGACCGACUUCAGCAAUCUCGACGACGUAGACGUCGUAUUGGACUACGUCUAUGGCCCGCUAGUGCUCCACCUCCUCAAGUCCAUGAACACGGCAAAAUCAGUGCAAUACGUCCACAUCGGAGCGUUGUCUAUUCCGGAGAUCACCAUUCCCGGGCAAGUCUUACGAGCAAAGGAUGUCACGAUCCGGGGCUCAGGUCCGGGAUCUUGGAGCAUAAAGGAAUUUGCAAAGACUGUUCCACAGCUUCUGGAUGCUGUGCGAGAUAUGCCUUCCCAGCCUGUGAAGACGGCGAAGUUUGCAGACGUCGAAAAGGCCUGGGAGUAUGACGGACCGGAGAGAUUGGUUCUGUGCCGUGAGCUGUAG